AUGGCUCGGAGUGGUUCAAAGAGGAGCCGCAAGAAGCACGAGACGCCGCGUGACACUGACUCGGCAGAGCCCAGCUUCGUGCUCGAUACUAAUAGUGAAAAUGUUCGUCCAGAAGCAAGUAUAACACGGAACGAGGCGCAUGAGGUGCCACGAAACGCGACAGAUCUAGAUCUGCCUGAGCAUGUGGCCAUAGUGUCGGAUCGGUCACGCCCGGUAGACGUGUAUCAGGCUGCGGAUACUGGUUCUGUUGAAUCUGCAACUGGUCAAGAUGCGGAUGGUGCUUAUGAACAGCUUGAUGCUGAUGGGACACGCUAUUACGAAGCGGAGGCGAACAAUGAGCGCAAGCGCAAAGGCGUGUGCCCUGUGUGUGGCGAAGCUGGACAUGAGAAGAAGCGGUGCCCCUAUCAACAGGACUGCCCUGUACCUCGAAUUGGAGGACGAAGUCGGACGUGUGAACGAUGUGGAAGCUCGUCACAUCCUGAAACAACAUGCCACACAUGGUGGCGGCUUUAUGCGUACAAUACGCCAGAAAAGCAUGCAUAUGCCCGUGCUAAGAAGUAUCGGCACGAACUUCGGCGGCAGGAGCGCGAGCACGCGCGGGAAAAGAAGCAGCAGAAACCCAAACCUGGCUGGGCCGCAUCCCUGGUGAUGAUGCCGGAGGAUGUGGAUGACGAUGCAGGGCCCAGUGACGACAGCAGCGAUAGCAGCUCUAACAGCAGCGGUGACGCUGACACGAAUGACGCUGCUCGAAAGCGAAUGACAUCGUCGAGGAACACUGUUCCACUACCACCGAGUGAUUGGGAUCCAGCGCUAAAAGUAUGCUAUAAUUGUGCAUCUGUGGGACACCACUGGGGUGAUGACUGCUUUUUACGCCGAACUAAUCCAACGCGGCCAACAGGGGAUCCCUCGCCCUUUAGCGAGGUGAUUGCCAAUGCCGGGCCAUACAGCCAGGCAUAUGCAGUACGCGACGGCUCUGUGCGCUCGCAUGCGCCUGAUCUUACGAUUCCACCGCCGCCACGACGCAAACGUUCACGACAUAGCUUCUCCGGGCGUACGUCAUCUUUACUGGAGGAUUUACAGAAUUCUGGGUCUACGAACAAGGAUGAUGAUGAUGACGAUGAUGAUGACGACGACUGGUUUGCAAGGCAUCAAAAACUACGUGAACAAGAAAGUUUCCUGUCUGACACAGAUGACACAAAUUCACAUAUGCGACGGCCCAAGCGGCAGCCAUCGCGACCACGGGGGUCCAGAUCCUCUUCCACCGUGCCGCCGACGACUCCUACCGCCCACCAACAUCGACGGGGGAGUCGCGGACGCGGAGACCACUUUGGUCACAGGCGCGGACGAGGCCAUGUUGAUCGGGUGCCACAUCAUCGGCCUGGUCGACCGACAUUCCAUCCGCGCUAUCGUGGCGGGUACACGUGA